CCUAGCUACUGUUAAGGUCUCCCAAUCGUUUUACUCUCCCUCUGCACGGCGGCAGCUGAUCUUUUCUCUAUUCUUCUUCCGGUUAGUUUUCCUACUUCAAUUUCAUUCGUUUGCAAAAAUUUUAGCUGUAUAUGAGCACUGUUAUUGCGGAAAAUUUACUUCAUCUCUGAACAAUAACUGGUGAAUAAAUUGAUUCUCAGAUCUUUGUAUCGGAUUUAGUGUUUUCCGAUCGGUAUAUAGGAGUUGAGAAUGUAUUAUGUUUUGGGUUGUCGUUAUUCUCUAGAUUUAUUGACUCUGUAACUUCUGUAUUCUUAAGCCGAUUCAGUCUUGUUUUUGUGUAGGGGAAAUGGGAAAUUGGUUAAAAUUAUGGAAAGAAAUUGACUAUGUUUUUUUCUUCUACUUGGGAUUUGAGUCGCCCGUUGUCGAGUGUGUGUGUGUUCUUUUUCCAUAUGAAGUCUGAGAAAGAAUGGAAUAGUGUUUGAUAUUUUCUGUUGGUUUUCUUGCAGAAAGAUCUUACAUAAAACCCUUGUCAAUGGCUGUAGCGUUUCACAACCUUACCUCGGCUGCUGGCCUUAAGAAGCUUGAUGAGUACCUUCUGAGCCGUAGUUACAUUACUGGUUACCAGGCCUCUAAGGAUGAUCUCACUGUCUAUGCAGCUCUUGCAAAACCCCCAUCAUCUGAGUAUGUUAAUGUGUCUCGGUGGUUCAACCACAUCACUGCACUUUUGAGAAUCUCUGGUGUAUCUGAGGAAGGUUCUGGUGUCACUAUUGAAGGUUUUGCCCCAGCCACAGAGGAAGCUGUUGCUACUCCUCCAGCUGCUGAUGCUAAGGCUCCACCCGCCGAGGAUGAUGAUGACGAUGAUGUGGAUCUCUUUGGUGAAGAGACUGAAGAGGAGAAGAAAGCUGCUGAAGAACGUGCUGCAGCCAUGAAGGCAUCUGGCAAAAAGAAAGAAUCUGGGAAGUCCUCAGUUCUGCUUGAUGUCAAGCCUUGGGAUGAUGAGACUGAUAUGAAAAAGCUUGAGGAAGCUGUGCGAAGUGUUGAAAUGGAAGGAUUGCUUUGGGGAGCUUCUAAAUUGGUUGCAGUUGGAUAUGGUAUCAAGAAAUUGCAGAUCAUGCUCACCAUUGUGGAUGACUUGGUUUCUGUUGACGAUCUUAUUGAGACCUAUUUGACUGCUGAGCCUCGUGACGAGUUUAUCCAAAGUUGUGAUAUUGUUGCUUUCAACAAGAUAUGUAAGUGUCGUUGA